AGCCUUGUCGAGCGAGUCGAGCGGUGAUUUGAAAAACGAACGGAGCAAAUGGACACCAGUUCUAUCAUUAGGGCUUUUGUAAGUUCGUGUAAUGAUGUAAGCUCAAGCCCUGAACCAGGGGACAGCGAACAAAUUCUACAGAACUUAGAUAUUUUACUGGGGCACUGGUCUUCGCUUGACAUUAAGAGCAAAUGCUCAGACUAUAGCCCGAGGAGCAAGCAUUGGCGAGACUGCAUUUCUUGCGUGAUAUCGCUUCUUCUGGAUGCAAGGCCGACUGUAGAUGUGGCUGCAAAGGCACUCUGCUUUCUGCAAACAUUAGUUCAAGACCCAAGGCUCAAGGAAUGGCUCUGCCAGGAGUUUCAGCCAUGCUCAGCGCUUGCAGUAUUUUUGCAAUCUUCAGUGAUACUGGAGAACUCACACCUGUUGAUCCAGGUCGUUCAGCUUCUCAAGGUCCUGGUUUACAGGCGCAAGUCAAUUUUCACGGAAUCGAGCUUGGCACAUCUCGUGAAAGUCCUCGUCAGGCACAUAGAAGAGCCGACGUCGGACCUUGCACUGCCGUGCCUUGAGCUGCUGAAUUUUGUGUCGUGGACUAGGGAGAAUCGUUUGUUCAUUGGAAGGCUGCCAAACUUCAGCCAAAUCUGCAAGCUUUUGCUGUGCAAGGUGAAUGUCCAGAACCCCGUUGUUGUCAUACACUCGUUAUCAGCACUUGCGAACCUGCCCCUAACACCGACACUGUCUUCAAAAAUAUUUGGCAGCAGCGGCAACAUGAAGCAGGUGUUACACUUGGUCCUCUCCAUGAUGACUUCGGAUGACUUGGAAGCUCGGAGCGCCGCCGUGGAUCUCUUUCAAGACUUGCUGUCUCAGUCAGGGAGACGAGAAGAGCUGUUGAGGCAAAAGCGGGUUUUGGUGCCGUGCCUACGGAGAAUAGUAGACCAUGCUCCAGAGACUGCUUCGCCAACUUUCACAACGGUGUUGCGCCUCCUGGUGGUGCUCAGUGGCGAGGCCGAGCUCUUUGAUGAGAUAUUUUUUCAGCCGCCAAAUGCCUCCGGUACACUUGAACCACUGCUCAAUUCCUUGCUGACUCUUGUCUGUCUGGACGGCUCCUCUCUGCAGACCGCACAGUGGACAUUGACGUCCUUUGCAGCAUUUUUUAAGCACUUAUGUAAUGCAAAUCAACUGGAAGAGAACAAAAAUGUGGCAGAACGUGUGCUCCAGAGAAUGAUGGAGGUCUUUGUCGAGUGUCAGGACAAGGCUUUGGAUGACGUUUACUUUGCAACCGAAAUGCAUCAAGCGUGUCUUACAAUCCUCUCUGGGCUGUGGGAGUCAGGAUCGCAUGGAAAAGAGGUUGUUACGAAAAACGUCUCUUCAGCUGGGUUAUUGAUGGUCUUGAAACCAUAUUUCAUGUUGAACCCUCUAGAAUUGUCUUCAGGUGAUACGACCGUAGAGGUGGUGCUGAGGAUAUCCACACUGAUUCUGGCACUGGACAGUUCUCAAAAGCUCCUUCAGAAAUUUUUCAAGGAAUCUGCGGUGAUGGGCUUCUUGUCACUCGGACUAUCAUCAACUAAGGAGAACGUGAUGCAACAAGCAUUUCAGCUUCUUUGUGCAGCCACCAAAGCUGAUGGCUUCAGCGGUGAAAAGUUCCUGUUCACCCAUGCUGCAGUGAAUCGGCGGAAGGAGACGUUCCUGCCCUGCACUACUUGCUCCAACCUGAACACAACAAGCAGGUUGCUGUCGGACACCGUUUCGCAGUGCUUACGGGAGCCCCCCACCAAACAUAGCCGAAGGCUCUCCAUUGAAAGCAGCAUAGAAGAGAUAGCACAUAGGCUAGAAAAUGGUGUUGAGGUUGGAGACCUGAAGAAGUCUGAUAUCAUGUCAGUGUACGAAGGGCGCAUCUUGGCCCUGAAGAACAAAGAAGAGAAGCUUCGACAGCUAUUGUCGACCCAGUCGAUGAUGCUACAAGAAUCUGAUCGUCUUCUUAAUCAGCAUCUGUGCAGCCAAACCAAGCGAGACUCUGAGAUGGAUGAGCUGCGGACAUUUCUACGUCAGUCGGAACGCCAGCUCGAAGCGACGCAAGAGGAGCAUGCGAGGACAUACGCAAGGCUCAUGACAGAGAGCCAAACGAAGGAGGAUCAACUGAAAGGGGCAAGGCGACAUAUCAAGAGCAUGGAACAACAGAUGAAGCACUUGGAAGAGUGCAACGAAGUGCUUCAGGAAAAAGCAAAUAGGUUGGAAGUGGUUGAGAAAAACCUGCAGACGAACCAGAAGGAAAACGAGUCGUUGUCGGAGAUGAUUGCCAUGUUGCAGAGACACAGCGAGGCGCUCAAAGAAAAGCAAGAAACGAUGUCUCGAGAUAUUGAAAGCCUACAGGCGGAGAAGAAAGGCCUGCUCAAGACACUGAAAGAGAAAGAUGCGAAACUCAAAGAACAAGGAAAAUGCCUCCACAUACUACAGACUAAGCUAGAUGACAAAACAGCUCAAGUGAAGUCAUUGACGUCCGAAAAUGAUCACCUGCAAGACACAAAUUCAACAUUGCAAAAGGAGAACAGCAGACUGGAGCAGGAGUUAUGCUCGUCAAACACUUCUCUCCAAAAGACCGAGACGUGCCUUCAAGAGAAGCAGUCCCUGGUCCAGAAACUGACGACUGACCUGGAAAAGUUCCGGCAGAUGCAGGCCAUGAUCCGUAACAUCAGCGCGAACACCAUCUUGUGACAUCUCACUUCGCGGUGACGAUUUUGUUGUCAGCAGUAAGCAUUUAUACACAAGUGUUGUGACGUAAUUACGGUGUGCACGCUUCAAUGUAAUAUAUACACAGGACGUCGUUCGCAACGAACGUGCACCAAGAUUUACAAAAAGACGGUGCACUCUACAGGAGUGAAACCAACUGAAUGUUGUUACCAGCCAUGUAUCCUAGUCACCAGCAUUUUUUUUUUUCUAUUUCAUUGUGCCUAAUUCUACAUUUAAAAAUACUGCUUUAGAGGCCAAAAUGUGUCUCACAGCGUAUGCCUUGUGUGGCUUUCUCCUCUUUUUUUCACCACUGCAGUUGCAGGCAUGUUGAAACACAGUACUUUUUUUACAUUCUGUGAGCUUUCAUUUUAGGCAGGGAAGAAAAAAGGCUGCACAAAGUCUACCUCAGCCUCUGGUGAACCUCAGAAUGCGAGUGGACAACAUUUCGAACAGAGACCGUUUUUUUUUUUUAAAUAUUGGUUUACGGGGUCAGGUGUGAAUUUGAAAAUGGUAGAAAAUGUAGAAAAUCCAGUGAACUGGUUUCAUACCAGUUUGCUGGAUUUUAUACAUUUUCUACAAUUUUCCAAUUCACACGUGCACCCAUAAACCAAUAUUUCAAAAAUUAGCUAGUUAAUUAAGUAGGCACAAUGAAAAAAAUACUGGUACAUGACUGCCAACAACAUUCGGGUGGUUUUUCUUUAAAUCUUGGUGCUAGUCUUAGUUGGGACGUCGUGCUUGUGUGUUUUAGAGUAAGUACCUGUAUAUACAUAGGUAUAUAAUUUAUGUAAGUUGACAAUCUUGCUGUGUGUUACGUAACUGCAAGAACAAACCUGUGCCCAGAUUGAUGCAGUCAUGCAUUAUAUAUAAAGCAUGACCAUAGUGUUUUAAUUAAUGACUGCAACGAAUGAGCAUCAAAGUAUUUUUUUAACCAAUAAAA